CUCCCUUCUACGCACUACUCGGCAUCAGAAUUCAGAUCGUAACUCACCUCCAUCUCGAUUAUCCUUAUCGAAAACAUGGGUUUGAAGGAAGAAUUUGAGGAGUAUGCAGAGAAAGCAAAGACCUUGCCUGAAAGCACUUCAAAUGAAAACAGGCUCAUUCUAUAUGGACUCUACAAGCAAGCUACAGUUGGGAAUGUCAACACGAGUCGUCCCGGUAUGUUUAACAUGAGGGACAGGGCGAAGUGGGAUGCGUGGAAGGCCGUAGAAGGAAAAACUAAGGAGCAAGCAAUGAGUGAUUACAUCACCAAGGUGAAGCAGUUACUGGAAUAAGCUGCAGCCUCGUGCUGAUUACAAGCUUUCAUCGUCUAUGAGUUGCUCGUAAUAGGCUACCCAUGAUCUAUCAAAAUAAAAGAGUAGUAAAGGUGGGGAUGGGAAAGAACAUGAGAGAAUAAAUCAAGAUGGAAGAAGGAAGGCUGAACAACAACAGUUUUUGCAGUUACUAAUUUUAUUGCUUUUAAUUAGUAGUAUUAGUUAAUUAAUAACUGAUGUUAGGCCAAUGAGGUUUGGAAGGGAUGGGGAGAUUAUCAAUACAUAUGAACUCUGUGGCCUUCUUUGAAGGGGUAAUGUUCAUUUAGUCCAAGGGGGCUAACAAUUACUCAUCACCUUUUCAUCUCUAAACACACUCUUCUACCUA